AGAAAAUAUCGGUGGCCAUGUCAGAGCGAAGGAAGACUUUAGAGGUUUCUUUGCUUCUCUGCGAAGCGCAAACGCAACUCUUUUAACUUUUCCCGAAAGCUCCCGAAGAAGAAGAAUAAAUAAAUAGAUAGACAGAGACCCUCCUCUAUCAGAAAUCUUAGGAUUAUAUAGAAUGGAUACGGCGGAGUUCGAUUACCUGUUCAAGUUGUUGCUGAUCGGGGAUUCUGGGGUGGGGAAGAGCACGCUCAUCUUGAGCUUCACUUCCAAUACCUUUGAGGAUCUCUCUCCUACCAUCGGUGUGGAUUUUAAGGUGAAACAUGUUACAGUCGGGGGGAAGAAGUUGAAGCUUGCAAUUUGGGACACAGCUGGACAAGAAAGAUUUAGAACACUAACUAGCUCAUAUUACAGAGGAGCUCAAGGGAUAAUAAUGGUAUAUGAUGUAACAAGGCGUGACACUUUUACAAAUCUGUCUGAUAUAUGGGCUAAAGAAAUUGACUUGUACUCAACAAAUCAAGAUUGCAUCAAGAUGCUUGUUGGCAACAAAGUCGAUAAGGAAAGUGAAAGGGUUGUCAGCAAAAAAGAGGGUAUUGACUUUGCUAGAGAAUACGGAUGCCUUUUUUUAGAAUGUAGUGCAAAAACUAGAGUCAAUGUGGAGCAAUGCUUUGAGGAGCUCGUAUUAAAGAUAUUGGAUACACCUAGUCUCUUGGCUGAGAGCUCAGCCGGGGUGAAAAAGAACAUCUUCAAAGAAAAGCCUCCACAAUCUGAUGCGUCCACUAGUGGUUGUUGCUCUUGGAAUAAAAAGAACAGAAAAAGAAAAGAAAAGAAAAAAGAGCGGCACAACAUGAACACGGCUGUAGGAGAUUGUGGCACCACCACCACCACCACCACCUCCACCUCGGAUCCCCGCAAUCCCACAAAUCUGACGGACUCAACGUCCGAUGCCGAUCCGGAGGCAGAGGAGGAGGCUCCACCACCACCACCUCCAGAAGUACCCAUCAUAAUGUCCUCCAGGGAUCCCGAUGCCAUCUUCAGCGGUGGCGGCAUCAGCUUGCUUACUGGAAGUCGAAAUGGGAGUUUCAACUAUGGUUAUUCUACUUUCAAGGGUAAAAGAGCUUCCAUGGAGGAUUUCUAUGAGACAAGGAUUUCAGAAGUUGAUGGUCAGAUGGUUGCUUUUUUUGGUGUUUUUGAUGGCCAUGGGGGUUCAAGAACUGCUGAAUACCUAAAAAACAACCUUUUCAAGAAUUUAAGCAGCCACCCUGAUUUCAUCAAAGACACAAAGACAGCUAUUGUUGAAGUAUUUAGACAGACAGAUGCAGAUUACCUCAAUGAAGAAAAAGGCCAGCAAAAGGAUGCUGGUUCAACUGCAUCAACUGCUUUGCUGUUAGGGGACCGGCUGCUUGUUGCAAAUGUUGGUGAUUCCAGAGUAGUUGCCUGUAGAGCUGGUUCAGCUUUACCGUUGUCUAUUGAUCACAAACCUGAAAGAUCUGAUGAGAAGCAACGGAUUGAAGAGGCUGGAGGUUUCAUCAUUUGGGCAGGAACAUGGCGGGUUGGCGGUGUUCUUGCCGUUUCUCGUGCAUUUGGAGACAAACUACUAAAGCCAUAUGUUGUUGCUGAGCCUGAAAUACAGGAAGAAGAAAUUGAUGGUGUAGAUUUUAUAAUUAUUGCAAGUGACGGACUUUGGAAUGUCAUAUCAAAUAAGGAUGCUGUGGCUUUGGUGCAGGAUAUACCAAAUGCGGAAGAGGCAUCAAGAAGACUUAUAACAGAAGCUUAUGGCCAUGGAAGUUCAGAUAACAUUACCUGUAUCGUUGUUCGGUUUGAUAUAUCUUGAGCAGAUACACUAAUAUUCUCAGGAUUUAGGAUCAUUAAAAAGAACCCAAGCCAGUUAAGCAGCAGCAGCAGUUAAUUUCUUUCGCGCAUUUUUUAAUCUUUUCAAAAGACUGUUUAUUAGUGUGACAGGCUAACAACUGAGUUUCCAAGAUGUUGGUCCUGGACAACAAUUGAUUCUGUUUAUUUCAUGGUUUAUGGAAUUGAUGUAAAUUUAGAAUGUUA